CCUCAGUCAGCUGUUUGCUGUGUUUAUAUGAGCAGCUCGGUCCGGCAGCUCCUCCACAAUGGGGGAAAACGACGACAGCGACAUCAUAGAGCACCACGUCGAGGAGGAGAUGGAGAAGAAAGGUGCGAGGAGCUACGCGGGUUCCUCCUCGUUCCUGGAGAGCGUCAGUCCGUCCGAGAGAGAGGGCCACAGCAGCACCCAGUCCUCCCACAGACUGCUGGCCUAUAGCGAUGCUCUCAUCUCCAUUAUCGCUACCGUUAUGAUUUUACCUGUUGCUCACACCAAAGUGGAAGAUAAUGAGGAGUUGAGGGAGAGUGUUCAGGUUCUGCUGACUACAAAGAUCGCCGUUUACUUAAUGACAUUCCUCAUUGUGACUGUUGCCUGGGCUGCUCAUAUCAGGUUGUUUCAAGUGAUUGUUCGUAUUGAUGACUGCCUUGCACUUCUGAACCUUGCCUGCAUGAUGCUGAUAACCUUUCUACCGUACACGUUUUCUUUAAUGGCGACCUUCCCUGAGAACGUCCUCGGGAUUUUACUCUUUUGUGGUUGUGUGAUGGUGAUCGGCAUCAUUCAGUCGGUGAUUGUGUUGUACGCCUUCAGCCGGCCCUUCCUUCUGAAUGAGCAGAUCCAGAUCUCAGAGAACCAGACCUUCUACAAACACCACAUCCUCAAAGUCAUCAUGAGGGUUCCCAUCAUGUGCUUCUUCGCCAGUAUCUUCUCCUUCAUCUUCUUCCAGCUGUCUUACGUUCUCUUGGCCAUCAUCAUCUUCCUGCCUUACAUCUCCCAGUGUUUGAAGUGGUGUCGCAGCAAAGCCAUCGGUCAGGUGGAGGAAACUCCAGACUCCAUGUUGUUCUACACGUACCUGCCUAACGAGCCCCUCAGCAAAGAGCGAGUGGAGGCCUUCAGUGAUGGAGUUUAUGCCAUUGUAGCAACGCUUCUCAUCUUGGACAUAUGCGAGGACAACGUUCCAGACCGGACGGUCGUGCAGAAGCAGUUUGGCGGUAGCCUGAUAGCAGCUCUGCAGGGCUACGGCCCCGAGUACCUCGCCUACUUUGGUUCCUUCGCCACCGUCGGCCUUCUCUGGUUUGUCCAUCACUCGCUCUUCCUCCACGUCACCAAGGCAACGCGCUUCAUGGGCCUGCUGAACACCUUCUCGCUGGCGUUCGUCGGAGGUCUACCGUUAGCCUACCAGCUAACGCACGAGUUCCCGCCGAACUCUCAUAACGAACUGGAAGCCAUUCAGAUUAGCUGUGUGAUCAUUUUCUUCGCAGGUAUUUUUCAGCUCGCUAUUUGGGUGGUGGCUCUGUACAACGAACAGGAAACUCUGCACCCUUAUGUGCGGUACGGUGGACGUGAGCAUGUGUUUAUGCUGGCUAAGCUUGCUCUGUACCCCUGCAUAGCUUUGGGGAUGUUUUUCCUCCCCUGUAUUUUGAGUAAAUUCAGUGCCCCAAUUUUCCACCUGAUGGAGAUUACGGUGCCUUUUGCUUUCCUGGUGUUGAGGAUUUUAGUGCGCGUCGGCUUAGCACUGCUGCGGCUAAUCUUCUGUCCGGACAGGCCCGACAGGAGGACCAUCGUAGAGGAGGAAGCUGACGAAACAAGAGUGCCAUUUAAUGCUCUGGCUACAUAGGACCACGGACAGGGUGCUGAAAGGCUGGGUCUGUGAGACUGCUUAUGAGGAGCCUGCUGGGCUUUACGCUGGGAACAAAAUGGAACAGUAGUUUGUUCUCUUUUCAACAUUUAGACUGGUCCAAAUUUAGAGAGAAUAGGUGUAAAUGGGCUCAAGUAUGACCGUCUGCGCUAAAGGAGAUUCAUUAGGAAAAUAGUGGAGCAGAGCGGUGAAGAAUAGAGCUGAUGCUGACAGCCGGAGCUUAUUCAUUCAUUAUUUUCUUAACAGUAACAUGAAGAAUACCAGUGCCAGUUUGAUCAGCAGUUAAUCUAUGUGAUUCCAUCAUUGUGUUCAGUUUUACUGCUUUCUGUGCAGAGCACAGCCCGUCCAGCCGCUGUGGGUUAAUGGAGCCUUAAAGAAUUCGUUUUUAGCCUCUAGUCACUCACAGAAGAUUUUCUGAGCAUGUUCAGAAACAUUACGCUGCAGGAGGACGGCCGCGAGCUCACGGCUUACCUGUACCUGUGUGACAGAGGAAGGUUUUUAUUUUGGUUAAAUUUGUCUCCUUUGUGACCCGUCAGAAAUCAGGCAAGGCUUUAAGCCUGGAGCGUUGGCACUUUAAAUAGAAUUCAAUUCAGGAGAGGCCAUAAAUUUCUAAUUGCACUAUUUUUCCAUCGUUUAUGUGAGUGUGUAACAGCCACAGGCUUGUGUACCUGUUUUAAUUUAUCUCGCUGUCGUGUUGUUCACAUUAUAACUGACAAAACCUGAUUAUUACAGCUCACCGGGGUGAGCAGGCAAAUCCUACGCUGUUGCAGAAGGCCGGGUUCGACUCCGCCCGGCUCUAAAAACAACCCCGAAACACAAAAACAUCUUCACUGCAAUUACAGAGCAGGUUAGGUGUUUCAUAAAUGCUGCAUCGUCAUCAUCUUGGGAAAGAAACACUGGAAGAAAAAAAACUGUCUUCACAAGCAAAGAGACUGCAGCAUGAACUAACUUCACCAAAGCCCUAAACUUGCACUAUAAUUAAAAUCAAAUUGUAAUUGAGUGUAAGGUGAUAAAUAACUCUAAUAUUUAAAAAAAUCUGAGGAAAUAAAGGUAGAAAAUGUCGGCUUAUGCACGGCUGUUGCUUUUGUAUUAAUACCAGGUUUUAUGAAAAACUGAUGAUUUUGCAUAAUAAUAUUAACUCACCUAAGCAAGACUUUAUGUGUAAAUGCAGAGAUGUGGAAGAGGGAAAAAAGGAGUAGCGCAUUUCUCCAGAAGGGGGCACUGUUGUUGCUCUGUGACGCUGAUAUUUUUGUGUUUUUAUGUUUUUGGUACUGACAGAAAAAACGAUGCACUUUAUCAGAAACCUUUGUUUGUUACACUCAUCUUUGUGUUUUCUUGUUUUUGAAGCUCUGAAUGUUUUUGUUUGUUUUCCCUCAACAUAUUCUGCUUUGUUGUCAUAUCCUUGCUGCACUGUUAUGCAUAUAUAUUGUUUUAGUUUGACGGUAUUCAUCUGGGCCCUGUACGCUCACCCCCACCAUCAGGUGACUGUUUGGAUAUAAACACCUUUGUUUUUAUAUAUAUAUAUAUUACAACGCAGCCACUUCUUUGCUUCCUUCAGAUCAGGUCAGUGGACCUCUGUAUGCUUACAUGUGUGUUUGUAACGGCUGCAUCGGAGCAAUCGCUGCAUUCGCUCUGAGAAAAUAUCUUCUGUUUUCUAAUUGUCGUGCUUUGUGAAUAAACCUGAACC